AUGGACUUUGUUCAUGGGAAAUCUUCUUAUACUACAAAUGUCAUGGCAGCAAAAAACAACAACAUUAUGAAUCAUCAAGAGAAUAAGAUCAUGAAAAAGGGUGGGAACAGUAAGAAAAGUGGUGGUGGUGGUGGUAAGGCAGUGAAGUUAUCAACUGAUCCACAAAGUGUUGCAGCUAGAGAAAGAAGACAUAGAAUCAGUGAUAGGUUCAAGAUAUUACAAAGUUUAGUACCAGGUGGAACUAAAAUGGAUACAGUUUCUAUGCUGGAAGAAGCUAUUCACUAUGUUAAGUAUCUUAAAACACAGAUUUGGCUUCAUCAAACUAUGUUGGUGACUAAUAACUUCAAUAUUCAACUUGAUGAUACUAAUAAUGUUGUUACUGAAGAGUACCCGUCAUCAUCAUCUGAUCUUUCUUAUUCUCAUGGUCAUUAUGGUCAUGAUCAAAAACAUGAAUUACUCUACUAUCCUCAACCACAUCCAGAACCAUAUUACCAACAUUCUAGCAGCACUGCAGUAGUAGUGCAGCAAACAGCACCACACCAAGAAAGUUUGAUGAUGAUGCAACCUUAUAGCAGCUUUCAAGAGCAUGGAACCAUGCUGGUGCAUGACAAUCAUCAGUACCGGUCUUUCAACUAUUAG